CAAGAGCUUCCAAUCGGUCCUGCUCCUUUCUUGUCUUCGAGAGAAGAUGUCUCGCCUGUUUCAGCUUCUUUCUCUUCUGCACAAUCAGCGGGACGGACGGACAUGGAUGUCGAUGCGAUAAAAUCCCCGAUCAUUAAACGUAUCCCAGCGAAAGCUCGUGCCACAGUUCGACUAUCUACCCCUAUGCCGCAAAGGUCGAGCGUAUCGAAUGGACAUCGGAGCACACUUGCUACACUGCCGCCCCCCAAAGCCGCACAACCCGUCAUUCAGAAUACCGGUAGGCACGCGAGGUCGGUGGGUGCACCUCAAAGGGCUCCAACGCGAGAGAGCAUUGGGAUUGACAUGUUGCUUUGUGCUGCGGAUCAGAUGGCACCCCCAGCAUUACGCCCAGAGUACGCAUCUGCGAUCGUCCAGGCCCUUGCGCAGCACAGUGUUUCGAAUUCUGCGCGGGCCGGUCCACAGGGAAUGCCUCAGUUUCAUGUCCCAUAUCCGUAUCUGUAUCCUGUCCCGCACACGCCCGUCUCAAGGAGGCCCGGGCAUCCGAGUCUCUCUGUUACGGUUCCUCCUCAUCCGCUGCCUCCCUCUUUCGCACCUCCUGCUCUCCCAUCCGCUGUACGCCGCCGGACCGACUCUUCAGCUAACUCGCCAAGGAGCGCCGGAAGCGUAUCAGGUUCGCGCCAAGUAGGAGGAUUCAGCUUCCCUGAGAAGAAACAAUACACGACAGAGUCAUGGCGCCAAACGAAGAGACACGCGAAAUCACUUCUUCCUUCCUACGAGUGGGUGCCUAAGCAGAGGCAGAGUCCCUCAACGGCUCAGGUGACGCACCCUCCCUAUGUGCAGAAGACGGAAACUCCUAAGGGCAAGCCUGCUCGACCUGAGGUUAUUAAUAUUGCCGAUAAUGUUGAUUUUUGGUCGCAGAUUCAACGGAGGAGGGCCAAUAGGCAAGUCCAACGUCGAGGAGAUGUCGAUGAAGCCUUAGUUCAGUUGGAGAGGAUGUACGGGCAGACUGAAAGGCAACGAUAGACGCCAAGUGACAGAGCUUAAACGAUAUUGUUGGAUGAUGAAUCAUGGUUGAUUGCUUGAGAUUGCCGAGGUUAAGACAGCUGGAAAGGAGGAGCGUACGGCUUGAUCAUGAAAGAAGAAUGAGGGAAGGACUCAGGACUCUUGAUUAAUGAACUGAACCAUGAACAAUACUUUUUAGAAUGGAAUGAAACACUAAUUAAUGGGUACAUACGAACGGACGAUUUGUGCACGCC